UUUUCACUCUUAUUAUAUGGUCCUCUCUCUCUCUACAUUCAUUAUACUAUUUUGCAAAAUUUCAUAUUCCCUUUAUAAACCUCUCUGUGUGUGUGAGUGAGUGUGUGUAUUUUUGUGUCUCUCUGUCUGUGUCUUCUUAUCUCUUUCACUUUUUUUCAAUUUCCUCUUCUCUUCUUGACUCUGCAAUGAGUUCAAGAAUUCUAAAAUCCAAGACCCUUUAGUUUUUUUCAUCUGGAUUUGCUCGCAUUGUGUUUAUUUGAGCUGAAAAAAGGAGAAAGAUUCAAUCUUUACAACUUUUAGGGUGAUUUUCCCAUCUGGAUCUGUUUCAAGAACCUAAACAAUGGCACCAUCUUUUAGCUGGUGGGGUAAAGAAACCCAUAGGGGUACACCAGUAGUAGUAAAAAUGGAGAAUCCAAACAACUGGUCUAUGGUUGAGCUUGAAGGACCAUCAGAAGAUGAUUUCUUGUUACCAAACGAAGAUGUUUCUUCAAUGUCUCCUUACAAACGUGAAAAAGUAAGAAACAAGAAUGCUAAACAGCUUACAUGGGUUCUCCUUCUCAAGGCUCAUAAAGCCGCAGGUUGUUUAACUUCUAUAGCAUCAGCAUUGUUCAGCUUAGCCUCCGUCGUACGCCGCCGUGUAGCUUCCGGCAGGACUGAUUCCACCGACAACAGCGCCACCGAGAACCCGGCUGUCAAGAACCGGUUUUAUACUUGCAUAAAGAUCUUCCUUUGGUUGUCGGUAAUCUUGUUAGGGUUUGAAAUUGCUGCUUAUUUCAAAGGCUGGCACUUCAGUGCUCCAGAUCUUCAAUUACAGUAUUUGUACUCAUUGGAUUUUCACACAUUUGCAAAUCCAUUAGCUGUGAAAAGUGUUUUUGAUUCGUUUUACUCAAAAUGGGUGUUGAUUAGGGUGGAGUAUCUUGCUCCCCCUCUUCAAUUUUUAGCCAAUGCUUGCAUUGUCCUCUUUCUUAUCCAAAGUGUGGAUAGAUUAGUACUAUGUCUAGGGUGUUUUUGGGUUAAAAUGAAGAAGAUUAAGCCAGUAGCCAAACAGGGUGCAAUGGAUCUGGAGUCUGGUGAUGGUAGUGGUUACUACCCCAUGGUACUAGUUCAGAUCCCCAUGUGUAAUGAAAAAGAGGUUUAUCAGCAAUCCAUUGGUGCUGUGUGUUGUUUGGAGUGGCCUAAAUCAAGAUUGUUGAUUCAAAUUCUUGAUGAUUCUGAUGAUCCAACUACUCAGACAUUGAUCAAUGAGGAGGUUCGUAAAUGGCAGAAGGAAGGUGCAAAUAUCAUAUACAGGCAUAGAGUGAUCAGAGAAGGUUAUAAAGCUGGAAAUCUUAAGUCAGCUAUGAAUUGCUGUUAUGUCAAAGACUAUGAAUUUGUUGCCAUUUUCGAUGCUGAUUUCCAGCCUAUGCCUGAUUUUCUUAAAAGAACUGUGCCUUAUUUCAAGGAUAAUGAGGAUAUAGGAUUGGUUCAAGCAAGAUGGUCUUUUGUGAACAAGGAUGAAAAUCUACUUACAAGAUUGCAACACAUUAAUUUGGCUUUUCAUUUUGAAGUGGAGCAGCAGGUGAAUGGUAUUUUUCUGAACUUCUUUGGCUUUAAUGGGACUGCUGGAGUAUGGAGGAUUAAGGCAUUGGAAGAAUCUGGUGGUUGGUUGGAGAGGACGACCGUUGAAGAUAUGGACAUUGCAGUUCGAGCUCAUCUCCAUGGGUGGAAAUUCAUCUUUCUCAAUGAUGUAGAGUGCCAGUGUGAGUUACCGGAAUCAUAUGAAGCAUAUAGGAAGCAACAACAUAGGUGGCAUUCGGGGCCAAUGCAGUUGUUCCGUCUCUGUUUACCUGCCAUCGUUAAAUCAAAGAUAAGCAUUUGGAAGAAGGGCAAUUUGAUAUUUCUUUUCUUCCUUCUGAGGAAGUUGAUAUUGCCAUUUUAUUCAUUCACCCUGUUUUGCAUAAUCCUCCCGAUGACAAUGUUCAUUCCUGAGGCGACGCUCCCAUCAUGGGUUGUCUGUUACAUCCCUGCCACGAUGUCAUUCCUGAAUAUACUUCCAGCACCUAAAUCUUUCCCUUUUAUCGUGCCAUACCUUCUAUUCGAGAACACUAUGUCAGUGACCAAGUUUAAUGCCAUGGUCUCAGGCCUCUUCCAACUCGGAAGUGCAUACGAAUGGGUAGUCACGAAGAAAUCAGGACGUUCCUCUGAGGGCGAUCUUGCCUCAUUAGUUGAGGAGAAACCUAAACACCAGCGAGGUGCUUCGGAGGAUUGGACAGUCACCAAGAAAUCAGGGCGUUCCUCCGAGGGCGAUCUUACCUCAUUGGUCGAUGGAAAACCAAAACACCAACGAGGUGUUUCAGUGCCUGAUUUGGAGGAACUAAGGGAGGAAAUGAAGGAGAAGGAGAAAAAGGCAUCAAGGAAGAAGAAGCACAACAGAAUAUACACAAAAGAAUUAGCUUUAGCUUUCUUGCUGUUGACAGCUUCACUUAGGAGCCUACUAUCAGCACAAGGAAUCCACUUUUACUUCUUGCUGUUUCAAGGUAUAUCAUUCCUGCUCGUGGGCCUAGACUUGAUCGGUGAGCAGGUUGAUUAAAUCUUCCGUAGCUUAGGGAUAAAUAUUAGUUCAACUGAAAAAGUCAAGUUGGAAACUAGAUGCUGAACCUGACCCCUCAUUCAUGUAAAUGAGAAGAGCAAGCAGUGGGGGGAAAUUGUGGAGAGUUCAGUGCACUUAAUCGUCUCUCCGCGGACCAUUUAAAACCUUUUAAGCUUUUUGCACUUGUUGACAAGAUGAAGCAAAGUUACAUUGGAGCAGAUGGUUGAGCAAAUGCAGCAUCUUCGAAUAGAGAAAACCAUUAAGAAUGGUGAAUAGUGUUCAUUUUAAGCCCCCUCCCACUCUGUCAUGUAAUUUCUUUAUCUUCUGGAUUCUUUUUUUCCUUUUUUUUUGGCUAUAUUCUUUUGUAAGAAGAAUUUGUCUUUGAAACAUUAAACACGGAAUUUAGUGAAAGUUAAA